AUGUCGACAUCUGCCCGUCGUCGCUUGAUGCGUGACUUCAAGCGUAUGCAAACAGAUCCCCCAGCUGGUGUCUCUGCCUCUCCCGUCGCCGACAAUGUCAUGACUUGGAACGCCGUCAUCAUCGGACCAGCCGACACUCCCUUCGAAGAUGGAACCUUUCGUCUAGUCAUGCACUUUGAAGAACAAUACCCAAACAAACCACCUGGUGUCAAAUUCAUCAGCCAGAUGUUCCACCCGAACGUCUACGGUACUGGUGAGCUGUGCUUAGAUAUUUUGCAGAACCGCUGGAGUCCUACAUAUGAUGUGGCUGCUAUCUUGACCAGUAUUCAGAGUCUACUCAACGAUCCCAAUACCUCCUCCCCCGCCAACGUAGAGGCUUCGAAUCUGUACAAGGACAAUCGCCGAGAAUAUGUCAAACGAGUGCGUGAGACCGUGGAAAAGAGUUGGGAAGAUUAA